UUAUAUUAACGUUUAACUAAACUGCUACUAAGUACAGUAACGUUACACAUUGUGUUUUCCCCAAGUGUCUUGUAUAAGGGGGUGUAUUCGUUUGGUCGAUUGGUCUGUUGGACUCUGCAGCUGCAAGAGUAGCUCGUUUGCAGUAUGGAGAUAUCAGGUCUGUCUUUUGAGAAUUUCGAAACUACACAAUUCCACAGCUGAACUUCCAUUACAACAUCUGUAGAUUGUCAACAUGAACCAAAGCGUACAAGGCUCUACCCUGCACCAUACAUAAAGGACUUGACCAUGGAGCCCCGAAGCAGUGCCCAGGAUGUGGUGCGUUGUGAUGUGUGUGAUACUCCUGUCCCCCCACUACACUGUGACUUCUGUCAGACCAAUCUCUGCAAAGCUUGUGUUGGGGAACAUAUGCUGGAUUUUUCCAAAAAACAUCAGGUGGUUCCGUUCCAAGACAGAGGAUCCACUCCAAAUUAUCCCUAUUGCUCAGAACAUGUCAAAGAGCAGUGUAAACAUUAUUGUGAACAAUGUGACAUUUCUCUCUGUGUUUAUUGUAUAACAAAUGGAAAUCAUCAAAAUCAUAACUUAAUUGACAUUUUCAGCAUCAUGGAAAGAAAAAAAAAAGAAUUACAAGAAGAUAUAAAAGAAUUCGAAAAAUCCCUCUCUCCUAAAUAUCAAGAGAUUGUAAACACCAUCACAGUUCAGAAAACUGAACUAAAUAAAAACUCCCAGAAAUUGACAACAGCAAUAGACAAACAUGGAGAAGUCUGGCACAGAGAAAUAGACACCAUUAUACAGAAACUGAAAUCUGAUCUUGAUGAAAUGGACACCAAACACCUGGCUGUCUUAAACAAACAGGAAGAUGAAAUCACACACACCAUUUCUGAAAUCACACAGAGCAUUGCAGAUCUGAAGAAGUUACUGGACUCCAAUGAUGUCAGUCGUGUCUCUGCCUACAAAUCCAGGAUUGCUGAAUUCAGAAGAUUGCCUCCUAAACUCACAGUUUCUCUACCAAACUUCACCCCUCAGAAAAUUAACCCAGAACAACUUUACCAACAAUUUGGUUCCCUGUCAGCAUUCUCCAUUACAACAGAGGAACAUGGCUACACCAUGGAAACCUCAGAAGCUGGAUCCUCUCCUCUCAAACCACUGCUUGAUGAGCCACGGAUCAUCUCCACCAUACAGACACAGUAUGAAGGCCUUUUUAAUUAUCUAACCAGUGUAACUUGUCACAGUGAUGAAGAAAUCUGGACGUGUAGUUAUAAUAAUAAGAUGAUGAGUCUCUACAACCUGCAGGGGGAACUAGUGAAGUCAGUCCAAACCAAGUCAGGGAACGGUCCACAGGACAUAGCAGUGACAAGGAGUGGGGAUCUAGUUUAUACUGAUACAUAUGAUAGAACUGUGAACAUAGUGAAGAAUACACAGAUACAGACAGUGAUCAGACUACAGGGGUGGAUACCUCGCGGUGUCUGUAGUACCUCCUCUGGUGACCUCCUGGUUGUCAUGAACAGUGAUGAUAAACAAACAAAAGUUGUGUGUUACUCUGGCUCCACAGAGAAACAAAGUAUUCAGUACGAUGACAAAGGACAACCUCUCUAUUCACCUGGUGGAUAUAAGAGCAUUAAAUACAUCAGUGAGAACAGGAACCUAGAUAUCUGUGUGUCAGACAAUGACGCCCAUGCAGUAGUGGUGGUCAAUCAGGCCGGGAAACUCCGGUUUACCUACACUGGUCCUCCCUCUACUACCAAGGGACCAUUCUAUCCACGCGGCAUCACAACAGACAGCCAGGGUCGGAUCCUGACAGCAGACAUCAACAACCACCGUAUCCACAUCCUGGAUCAGGACGGACAGUUCCUCCGCUACAUUGACAACUGUCAUUUACGGUAUCCAUGGGGUUUAUGUGUGGACACCAGAGACAACCUCUUUGUGGCUGAGUACGGCACAGGUAAAGUGAAGAAAAUACAAUAUCUGAUGUAAACAAUAUGUGUGUGUAUUUUAUUUAAACAUUGUUUAUGUAUUAUAUGUAAACAAACUGUGUGUGUAUUAUAUGUAAACAAACUCUGUGUGUAUUAUAUGUUAACAAACUGUGAAUGUAUUAUAUGUAAACAAACUCUGUGUGUAUUAUAUGUUAACAAACUGUGUGUGUGUAUUAUAUGUUAACAAAGUGAGUAUAUAUAUGAUGUGCAAACUGUGUGUAAUAUGUAUUAUACACAAACAGUGUAUGUGUAGUUAUAUAUCUAAACCUGGUAAAUUAAGUGUGUGUAUAUUUUAUACAUAAACAAACUGUGUAUAUAUAUAUAUUUUUUUUAUGUAAUUAAUGUAAACAAAAUGUGUACAUGACAUGUAAGAUAUGUUUUUAUUAUUAUUUCUUAUGCAAAAAGUUGACAUUGUAGUCCUAUUCAUAAGGAAAUAUAUAUGUUUACGUGCUAGCUAUAUUGUUAUCACCUCUCAAACAGGUGUACCCCCUUGUGAAAAUAAUUGACAAUGAUGACAUUUACCAGACGUCCAAUUUUUUCUAAAAAUAAUUUUCAAUUUUGGAAAUUUAAAACUAGAUAUACAAAAACAGAGUUUAAACAUUUAUUUGAACCAUAUCACAUCAAUAUUUUUGCGCAUAUUGUUGAAGUAAGUAUUAUUUAUGAGCCUGAUUUAUCAAAAUAGAAUACUGGUACAAAAAAUGUGAUGAUUGUAUCGUGUUUGGUCGUUUGUUAGAAAUUUAUGGACUCAACCUAAAUUCAUUGCGUUUAUUCUAUAGAAUGGCACCUUAUUGAAAUGAUUUGGUAAAAUUAAUCAUAUGUUGACAGAUUAAUUUUCAUGCUAUAAGCUCUAAACCAAGUAGACCCUUAAGAAAAAUUCUGUAAAAAUGACAUUUUGCUACAGUUUUCUGCUUAGGUUUGUCAACUACAAUGUCAGAUAUCCUUAAUUUUUUUAAUUUUUGAACAUGAAUUUAUGAUUUUUUUAACACAAAUUAGCUUCUGUCUCUAAAUUUUAACCAAUUUUAUUAGAAGAAGAAAGAAUAAUGGGGGGGGGGGGGCAUCAAAACAAAGAAGAUAUAAGCAUAUUUAAGAUCUCGGUUAUUAAGAAUUUUUGUUUUUCCUUUUACUUUAACAGAAUCGAGUUUCAUAGCAUUAAUGAUUUCUAUCUCUCAUACAAUACAUAUAUUACAGUUUCAAUUGCUUAUUAUUGCCAUUGUUUACAAGAGCAAUGUAGAGCAAAAUCAAUACCAGAUAUCUAAAACUCUAUGUAAAAGUCGAAACAAUAUUGUAAAAUCCGUAUUGUGAUGUAGUGUGAUACUCGGACUACUUUAAGAGUAUACAAUCUACCCCUGGUUUUCCUUGUAUUGAACAUGUCAACAAACAAACUGAUGAGGACGUAGAUGGUCUGUACUGUACUGUUCUGUUGAAAACAAACAGAACGGUGCCACUAUUUUUGAUGCAUUGUUUGAUUUCUGUAAAUAGGCGGAGGAAAGUAGUGACAAAAUCAAAUUGGAUUAGUAUAAGUUCAUUCACCUGAAAAUGAUAUACUGGAGAACUGGUGAGAUGUAUAUGAUGUAUAUUAUAUAUCGUCAUGAUCAAUAGUCAGAAUGUAUACUAUUAAUGUAUAUCUAUUAAAAUGAAAGACCGUGCUUCCUUUAUUUUGGUACUAAUGUGAUUAUACAUGCUUUAAUCAAUUGACCUCUGUCAAACUCUUGUAUAUCUUAUGCUUUCACUUGAUUUUUUAAAUAAUAAAUGUCAGAUUAAUAAUUGAA